UUUUAUACCACUCAGACCUAUGGUUUGGAUGCCAAUUGAUGGUUCCAUCACGUUUCAACAACCAUUCAGAAACUGGAUUGGGGCCAAAUUAAAGUGAAUCUUUUCAAUGAAACUGCUGAAUUGGUUUUUUUUUAGUUGAAUUUGAUUUUGGAUUUUAGGGCUUGAAAUUAAGUUUCAAUCUACUUGGGAGAGGUAGAAUGAAAUUAAUCCGACCUCUCUUUCUCCCAACCCACAUCCUAAUGCAGAGAGCUGCGGGGAAUGUAAGAACAAAAGAGAUGGUGAAGUCUUUGAUCGGUGGUACCCGUCGAUUCUGUAUUUCCUCACUUCUCAAACCAUCCUCUCCAAUUUCUCUUGAUUUCAGGCCUCCAAUGCAAUUGACUUUAAGAAGUUCAUGGUUGGCACUGAGGAAUUUUAGCCAUGGCAGAGUGAAUUUAGUGAUAUCUCCACAGGGAAAGCCGAAAUUUGAGACUCAUGAAAUUGAGCAGCCUAAAAAGGACAAGUGGAUGACAAAGAAGCGGCUGAAGAUGAAAAGGAAAAAAGAAAAGCAAAAGAGAAAGGCUGCCAAUAAAAGAGACCCUAGAAGACUAGGUGUCAAAGGGAAGAAGAAAAAGCAGAGGUUUGCUAAUGCUGAGGAAAGGAUUAAAUACAAGCUGGAAAGGGCCAAAAUUAAGGAAGCCUUGCUAAUUGAAAGACUAAAGCGGUAUGAGGUCAACAAGGUCCAGGGUCCUGUUGUUAAGCCACAUGAGCUGACUGGCGAAGAACGAUUUUACAUGAAGAAAAUGGCCCAGAAAAGGUCGAAUUAUGUACCUAUUGGUAGGAGAGGAGUAUUUGGUGGUGUCAUUCUUAAUAUGCAUUUGCAUUGGAAGAAGCAUGAAACUGUCAAGGUCAUUUGCAAACCUUGCAAACCUGGUCAAGUGCAAGAUUAUGCUAGUGAAAUUGCCAGGCUUAGUGGUGGAAUUCCAAUUCAAAUAAUCGGUGAUGAUACAAUAGUUUUUUAUCGCGGAAUGGAUUAUGUGCAGCCAGAAGUUAUGUCGCCCAUCGAUACAUUGUCCAAGAAGAGGGCAUUAGAAAAAUCCAAGUACGAGCAGUCACUUGAGUCUGUUAGACGGUUUAUUGCUAUUGCCGAGAAGGAGCUUGAAUUAUACUAUAGACAUGUUGCACUUUACGGUGACCCAAAUGACCGGAAUCUGAACUCAAUCUUUGAUAAACCAAGACGAAUAGAAUGGGCAAGGAAGGUUGAGGGAAAAGAAGAUGCGUCUUCAAUAACUGAAGAAUGUUCUCAUGCUCUCUUUCAAACAGAUAUUGAUUCCAUGGAUGAUGAAAUCUUAGAAUCUGAAGAAAUCUCUGAAUUUGAUGACAAGUGCAAGAAUAAUGCUGCAUCUGCAAGUGAAAUAGAUUAUGAGGAUGAUGGAACUCAUACUGGGGAAAUAGAGUCAUGUGACGAAGAAACAGGGCCUACAGGAUAAACUCGACUUCACUGAUGGAUGAGGUAGUGGAGAUCGAGGUAGCAAGUGGAGAAAAACUUGACAUGGAGAAGUUAAAGAGGGGGAGAAUGAGUUGGUGCUGGUAACUUGUAGUAUGCUGCUUAAUUUGGGAUGAGAAAGUUGUUAUGAUGUCAAAACCAAAAAAUUGCUAUAAAAAUCACUAAUGCUACGAGUCUGAAAAUAUUAUUAAGCA